AGCGUGCUGCUAACAGUCCCACCACGUCUACUCCGUGUGUUUCUCUGCGCAGGCCCGGUGCACCCAGGACGCGAUCUUCCCAGAUGUCCUUCACUGCGACGCCGGGACACCACGGACCCUGGGUGCAUCCACAGCGGAGGACGCGAGCUGGGUCCCGGGCGACGACUUCUCCCCCUCCUGCCUUCGAGAUCUUCACCCGUAACCGCUUCGCUCCCCUCCGCGAGACAGGACGCGACGCUGUGAUCAUCGGAGACUCCAUCGUCCGACACAUUCCCGCGAUCCUGAAGGACGACGAGAGCCCCAGAGCGGUCGUGCUUCACGCCGGGGUUAACGACACCACGCUGCGGCAGACGGAGACGCUGAAGAGGGACUUCAGGAGCCUGAUCGAGACGGUUCGCAGCACGACGCCCGCGGCGACGAUCGUCGUGUCAGGACCACUGCCCACGUAUCGACGAGGACACGAAAGGUUCAGUAGACUUUUUGCUUUAAAUGAAUGGUUGUUGUCAUGGUGUAAAGAACAGAUACUGCUGUUUGUUAAUAACUGGAAUGUUUUCUGGGAGCGUCCUAGACUGUUUCGCGCUGAUGGAUUACACCCCAGCAGAGUCGGAGCGGAGCUGCUUUCUGACAACAUCUCCAGGGCACUUCGCUCCAUGUGACUAGAUUUACACAAGCUCCAGUCUGGAUCCAGAACACCUGAGAAGAGAUGAUGCUGACCCUCAGAGGACCCCAGAUGAUGCUAACCCUGAAUCAACAAACAGAACUAACAAUUAUUGCUACAUGUGUGACUGCAUCAUAUAACAAUUAUUAAUUAAUAAUAUUAAUAAUGUUAAUCGUCUAGCUGACUACGUCUUGUAUACAUUUUUUUUAAAAAUCCUGUCAAACGUGCACAAACUGACAGUCACCACCAUAAGCUACUACUAAAUAUUGUAGAAACAUAAUUUUCUGUAAAGUUGCUUUGUAACGAUUUGUAUUGUAAAAAGCGCUAUACAAAUAAACUUGAAUU